UAUAUAAAGCGGAGGAGCGCAAGCAGCAGUCGUCUUCCAGCUCUCCGAGCGACGCAAGCCUGCAUGUAAUCUCUUCUCCAGAGGGUCAGGAUCCCAGACUGACUACGGAGGGUAAACUCCUGGGAACCGAAUGAAGAAACAAGUCUUGCUUCUUUUCACAUACAGAGGACUCGUGAGGAAGGGAAAAAAGAAUAAAAGAAGAAAAUGGCCAAUUUUAUAUUACGGAAAGCCGAACCCAAGGAUGUGUCUGACAUACUGCGACUCAUAAAGGAACUUGCCAAAUUUGAAGAAAUGGAGGAACAAGUCAUUUUGACUGAGAAAGAACUGCUGGAGGACGGCUUUGGAGAGACUCCGUUCUACCACUGUAUCGUCGCAGAAGUGCCCAAGGAGCAGCAGAGUGUUGAGGGGCAUACUGUUGUAGGAUUUGCUAUGUACUACUUCACCUAUGACCCCUGGAUCGGAAAACUGCUGUAUUUGGAGGACUUCUACGUGAUGAAGGAGUACAGAGGGUACGGAAUUGGGUCAGAGAUCCUGAAGAAGCUCAGUGAGACGGCAGUGAGGACACGCUGCAGCAGCAUGCACUUCAUUGUGGCCGAGUGGAACACGCCGUCCAUCGAGUUCUACAAGCGCCGCGGUGCCUCAGACCUCUCGCUGGAAGAAGGCUGGCGGCUCUUCAGCAUCGACAAGAAGUACCUGCUCAAGAUGUCCACCAAGUAGACAUAGGAGUGGUGUGGGUGUGUGACAACCCCCAGGCCCCAAAAAUCCCUUUUUGGGGCGUUUUGUUGCUUUUUCUUUGUUUUUGAAGAGCAACUUGUGUAGUGGAUAGUUUGCUUGUUUUAUUCGUACAAUUAAAAAAUGAAUAUAAUCAUGA